AUGAGUUUUCUGGGAUUAUUCCUCGCCAGAUUGGACUUGUCUGCUUGUAGAAUUCUUACGCUCAAUAUGAGUCAUAAUUUCUUGAGUGGUUCUAUCCCUCGAGAAAUAGGAGCCUUGACUAGUCUGAACAUGCUUUCUCUUAGUGUGAAUAAUCUCACAGGAAAAAUUCCCAGAGAGAUCGGAAUGCUGACUGAUCUCACAGUGCUUGCCUUGCAAAGAAACACUUUCUUGGACGACAAAAUCCCUUCUGCAAUAGGAAAUUUGACCAAACUGCAAUAUCUUUCUCUCUUUCGAAAUAAUCUGUGGGGUCUCAUUCCUUCUGAGUUUGGGAAUCUCCAUUCUCUCAUCAGUUUGCAACCGUCAAAUAACAAUUUGCACGGACUAAUUCCAUCUUCUUUAGGGAACUUGAUCAAAUUAGAAAAUCUCAAGCUUGGAAAUAACGCUCUUUCCGGAACUAUUCCAGCUUCCAUAGGAAAUCUAACUCAUCUCAAGAUCCUUGAUCUGAACAAGAACAAACUGGGUGGGCUCAUUCCAAUAGAGAUGAAUAAUCUUACAAACUGGAAAAACUUAGAGCUUAGCGAGAAUGAUUUCACUGGCCAUUUGCCACAACAGGUUUGCCUUGGUGGAUUACUUGAACAUUUCACUGCAUGUGCGAAUAAUUCACUGGCCCAGUUCCAAAAACCUUGA